GGCCGGGCAGCCCGCGGGAUGCGGCGGGGCCGGCGCGGGCGGGCGGGCCGCGCCGCGGGGCGGGAGGUGCGCUCCGACCGCCGCCGCCGGCCCCGGCAGCCCUGAGCGCCUCCCGUGCGGAAAGUCGGGCAGGUCAAUGAGGAAAUCGAGAACUUGAAAGAAAACGAAAGAAAAAAAGAGCGCGCAGCACCGAGCCCCGCGUGUGUGGAUGAUUUCGGGGCUGAUCAGCAUCACCUAUAGGGAAACUUGGGUGCCGGCCGGGGAUCCGCCGCGCCGCUCCGCUCCGCUCCGCCGGGAUGCGGCCGCUGGCCGUGUGAAGCGCAUCCCGGCGGCGGGCGCUGCCCCGAGCCCUGCCCAGCGCCCCGCACCGACACCGCCUGCCUCGGGCAGCUGCGGCUCCGCGCCCGCAUCUCAAUCCAAACCGACUCCUUUGCAUUUCUGGCGAGGAGAGGGGUGUUUUUCCACAGCAUCAUCUGUUUUGAAGAAAGGAGGGAGGAAAGGGGAGGGUUAAUGCUAAAGAAGUAAAUCUUCUCUGCGAAGGAGAUGCCUUUUGCUCUUUCCAGAUGAUCGUUUCUGAAAAUGUAGCCUCUCCAGCUGACCGCUUCUGAUUUUGACUGCGAAGUGUGUGAAACUGAUCCCUAAGUGCUCCACAAAGCGUAGGAUGUCUGCUUCCGGGAUUAGCAAUAUGGGGCAUCUGUUGUCGCCUCUCCUCUUGAGCCUGGCAGCAGUUUUUUCCAAAGUGACUGAGAGUCGAGGGAUCCUGGAGAGCAUUCAGAGGUUUUCUUUGCUGCCCACCUACCUGCCCGUCACCUAUCGCAUCCACAAUGCAGAUAUUUCCUUCUUUCUCAAGGAAGCCAACCAGGACAUCAUGAGGAACUCCAGCUUGCAGUCCCGGGUGGAAUCCUUUCUGAUCUACAAAUCCAAGAGUCCCCCCGUGUUGAACGCCAGCUAUGGACCCUUUUCCAUUGAACAAGCAGUGCCCCAGGACUUAAUGCUGUCUUCAAAUCCCUUUGGGUCUACGAACAAGUUCUCCUUUGACUGGAAGCUCAAGGCCUUCAUCAUGAGCACCAAGAUCUACCUGAGCAAGCCCAGGGUGCAGGUGCUGUUCUACAUCGUGGGCAGGGACUGGGACGAGUACAGCCCCGCGGAGCGGCUGCCCUGCCUGCGCGUCUUCGCCUUCCGCGAGACGCGCGAGGUGCGCGGCAGCUGCCGGCUCAAGGGGGACCUGGGGCUGUGCGUGGCACAGCUGGAGCUGCUGCCCAGCUGGUUCAGCCCCCCCAGCGUGCUCACGGGCCGCAAGAAGCAGAUGGACAGGUCUGAGGGGAGCCCCGUGGAGCUUUACUACUCCAUCCAAGCAGGAGAUGAGAGAGGGGAGUGCGCCAAGGAGGACGUCAGGAAAAGUAACGGGAUCCGGUCAGGGCGCAAUGACAUCGAUGAGUCGGGACCUCCCCUGCAGAGGAUUGGAAGUGUUUUCCUUUACCAGACACAUGCUGCCCCUUCUUUAACUGAAAUGAGAUUGGAUAGUAAUGUUGUCAUCCAGUAUGCACCAAAGACAGUCAAACAAGGGGACAUUCUGACUUUCCUUGUAUCUGUUGCUAAAAACUCCACAGAAGAUCAGUUCACGCUGAGGGCGAAGGUGAAGAGAGGUGUGAACGUUUUCAGCGUGAGAGCCAGCAGCCCCUACCUGUGGGACAUCAGGGAGAGUGUGGAUUAUACUGGGAAAUCUGCACCAGCUGUUGUGCUUUGCCAGAGGAAAUCUGCUGCUGACAACAGUGCCGAGGGUCCUUCCUCUGAAAUCAUGCAGAUUGAUUUUGAAAUCGAGGACCUGACUGACCUACCUGAGACCCAGCUCAUCACCUGGCAGGUGGAAUAUCCUGGAGACACCACAUCUGACCUGGCCAUCUCCAAGAUCUACGUGAGCCAGAAGGAGCUGGUGGGAGUUCUGCCUUUGGCCAUGGAAGCAGAGAUCCUGAACACAGCUAUUCUCACUGGGAAAACAGUGGCUGUCCCUGUCAAGGUGGUGUCUGUGGAAGAUGAUGGCACUGUGACUGACCUGGUGGAGUCUGUGGAAUGCAGAUCAUCAGAUGAAGAUGUCAUUAAGGUUUCUGACAGAUGUGACUAUGUCUUUGUCAACGGGAAGGAAAUGAAAGGCAAAGUGAAUGUCAUAGUUAAUUUUACUUACCAGCAUCUGAGUGCCCCUUUAGAAAUGACAGUCUGGAUUCCUCGUCUCCCGCUGCAGAUAGAGGUCUCUGACACAGAACUAAAUCAGAUCAAGGGGUGGAGAGUCCCCAUCAUCUCUAAUAAGAGGCCGGCCAGGGACAGCGAUGACGAGGAUGAGGACGAGCGCAGGGGCAGGGGCUGCACCCUGCAGUACCAGCACGCCAUGGUCAGGGUCCUGACACAGUUCGUGGCCGAGCCCCCCGAGCCUGGGGCUCAGCUCAGCUUCCUGCUGGGCUCCGACUGGCAGCUGGACAUCACAGACCUGGUCAGGGACUUCAUGCAGGUGGAGGAGCCCAGGAUCGCCAGGCUGCAGGACGGGCAGGUCCUGGUUGGGCUGGAGCUCGGAAUGACAACCAUCCAGAUACUGUCCCCCCUCUCAGAUGCCAUCUUGGCUGAGAAGACAGUGACAGUGCUGGACGAGAAGGUGACAAUAACUGACCUGGGGGUGCAGCUGGUGACGGGGCUGUCGCUGUCCCUGCAGCUCAGCCCGGGGAGCAACAGGGCCAUCUUCGCUACGGCAGUGGCCCAGGAGCUGCUGCAGUCCCCAAAGCAGGAGGCAGCCAUCAGCUGCUGGAUCCAGUUCAGUGAUGGAUCUGUCAUGCCCCUGGAUAUUUAUGACUCCAAAGACUUCUCCUUGUCAGCCACCUCCCUGGAUGAGAAGGUGGUGUCCAUCCACCAUGACCCCAAGUUCAAGUGGCCUGUGAUUGCCGCUGAGACUGAGGGCCAGGGGACCCUGGUGAAGGUGGAGAUGGUGAUCAGUGAAUCCUGCCAGAAAUCCAAAAGGAAGAGCAUCCUGGCUGUUGGGAGUGGCAGCAUCAAGGUCAAGUUUGGGCAGAGCGACGCCAACCCCAACAUCAGUGAGAGCAAGCACAGGGGCGCCGGCGUCCACCUGGAAAAGCACGGCCAGAAAAGCAGCUGGCAGGAGAGAGGAGGGGAUGGGCAGUACUACAGCUCCUCCAUGGGCCACGAGCUGGGCAGGGCCACCACCACCCACAGGUCCAUUCUGAGCAGGAAAGAGGACAGGGAGAGCCUCCUGGAGGAUGACAGCCAGAACCUGCCCGUAGACUUCACCAGCUUCCCCGCCCAGGUGGACCUGCCGAGGGACAGCGGGGACGCGGAGGAGAACGAGCUGGUGCAGACACCCCGCGGCCUCAGCGACCUGGAGAUCGGGAUGUACGCCCUGCUGGGCGUCUUCUGCCUCGCCAUCCUGGUGUUCCUCAUCAACUGCGUCACGUUCGCUCUCAAGUACAGGAACAAACAAGUUCCCUUUGAGGAGCAGGAGGGCAUGAGCCACUCUCAUGACUGGGUUGGGCUGAGCAACAGGACAGAACUCCUGGAGAACCACAUCAACUUCUCAUCCCAGCAGGAUGAACGCAUCACAGCCAUCGACAGGGGAGUGGACUACGAGGAGAGCAAGUAUCUCCUCAACACAACUGCCACCACCAACAUCAAUGGACAAUCUUUCAGGUCUCCUGAGUCCCCAUUCAGUGAGGGCAAAGAACAGAAAAGUGAACCAACCACUUCUCCUACCUCUAAGAGGAAACGGGUUAAAUUCACCACCUUUACCACCAUCUCCUCUGAUGAUGGGUGUCCAACUGUCAACUCCAUCCUGAUGAGCAAUGAGGAUGACAUCAAAUGGGUCUGCCAGGAUAUGGACCUGGGGGAGUGCAAAGAACUUAAAAACUACAUGGAGAGAUUGCACGAAAAUGCGUAAUGAGACACAAAAGACUUUUUUGCUUUGGUUUGUUUGUUUGUUUGUUUUUCACUCACCUUCUGCCUUUAAUUUUGGGUAGUGGGGCAAAGUGUUGUAUUCUAACAAGAAUCAGCUGGUGGAUAAUAACUCCAUGGAGCCCCAAGAAGCCACCCAAAAGCAGCUGGGAGAGCAGAGAUCCUGGACAGCUCUUAAAAUUCAAGUCUUCUCUGUGCUCAGAGAUGGAAGUGAGAGAUGUGUGUGGUUUUUUGAUACACAGUAACAUGAAAAAAAAAAAAUGUAGAAAAAUAAUACGGUCUCAUUCUCUGUGCUUUCCCAGGAAAUCAAUAAAUAUAACAAACUCCAGUGCAGUUUGGAUAUUACAAAGCUCACACAGCUCUACUGUUCCAUAUUGCAAGCUUUGGUUAAAAAAUUGCUCUCAGAAUAAAUAGAUCCAUGCAAAGAGCCGCGUGCAGAGAAUAUCCAUCCAGGAACAUUCAUUUAAAGCUGACAAAAACCAACAGCGUGAAGGAAGCAGCUCCCAGAGCUGAGGAGUCGUGGGUUUCCAAAGAGUCUGGAGGGGAUAAAGGCGUAACUGGGCUGUUUACAAACCAGCAUGUUUGCCUCCCAAGCACUGACAAUGGAUACACAGAUACAGUUCAAACUGAAACUCUCUUUUUAAGUAGAUGCCAAGGUAAUAAACUUUGCCAGCCAAUUUUCGGUAUUUCUUAAUUUGUAAAAUAGGAGAAGAUAUAAUCUAUACUCAGAAUAUCACUCAUAUUAAUGAAGGUCUGUUUUGGAAAGUUUGAGAGAAUGAGCUAUUUUUAAAAGCCCACUUUAUCUGAUUGUCCUGUUUUGAAUUUGUAUUCCCAACCCUUUCCCUGGAGCUCCCCAUCUGGUAUCCUGAGGGCACUUCCCAGAUCAGUCAGCCUUGGAAGC